AUGAGCGAAACUGUCGUAGAGUCUAAGAUUAAAGAAGUCAGCAUUGCAGCUGAACCGGAGCUUGAAUAUGAAGAGGAAAAUGUAGAUGGAAAUGAGGUUACUGAUGCAUCCAAAAAGAAGAAGAAGAAGAAGAGAUCAAAAAAGAAGAACAUCAAGAGAAUUGAAUUGAUGUUUCCUGACGAAAAAUAUCCCCAGGGUCUGUGGAUGGAUUAUGAGCAAGAUUUCAAUUUAAAACGAACAACAGAUGAGGAGAAACGGUAUUCACAAAGGGACAUGGAAAGCGAAGAGCGUUGGAACGACGUCAGAAAAGGUGCAGAGAUCCAUCGUAGAGUGAGGAACAGUAUAAAUGGCAAAUUACAACCUGGCGCAUCACUUACAGACAUUGCCAAUGCAAUCGAAGAUGCAACAAGGAAGUUUACAGGUGCCGAAGAUUUGACAAAGAUGGAUAAUCCAAAAAGUCAAGGUAUUGGUUUUCCCACAGGUCUUUCUUUGAAUCACUGUGCAGCCCACUUCACUCCGAACGCUGGUGACAAGACAGUCUUGCGGAAAGAGGACGUGUUAAAAGUGGAUUUUGGGGUUCAAGUGAAUGGUUAUAUAGUCGACUCUGCGUACACUGUCGCAUUUGACCACCAGUACGAUAAUCUGUUAACAGCCGUUCGCGAAGCCACAAAUACAGGUGUCAAAGAGUCUGGAAUAGAUGUUAGAUUAACCGAUAUUGGUGCAGCAAUUCAGGAAGUCAUGGAGUCGUAUGAAGUCGAUAUAAAUGGGAAAACGUACCAGGUCAAGCCAUGUAGAAACCUCUGUGGUCAUAAUAUUGCCCCUUACAGUAUCCACGGUGGUAAAUCUGUGCCCAUUGUCGAAAACGGUGAUACAACAAAGAUGGAAGAAGGUGAGCAUUUCGCAAUAGAAACUUUCGGCACUACUGGAAGAGGUUAUGUCGUGAGUGGCGGCGAAUGUUCACAUUAUGCUCGUAUGCCGGACGUUAAUACAACGCCAGUAUUAUCGAAAGCUAAGGAUCUUCUUCAUACGAUCGAUAGGAAUUUUGGUACCUUGCCCUUCUGCCGCCGUUACUUGGAUAGAUUAGGCGAGGACAAAUACCUAUACGCACUAAAUAAUCUCGUUAAACAAGGAAUUGUCCAGGACUAUCCACCAUUGAAUGAUAUCCAUGGCAGUUACACGGCACAGUACGAGCAUACAAUUCUUCUACAUCCGCACAAAAAGGAGGUUGUCUCGAAGGGCGACGAUUACUAA